CCUGCAGAUCAGUGACCGAGCAGAAACCCGGAAGCAGUAACCGCAAAUUACGAGCUACACAGCUCUACACCUACGUGACAUCACUCAACAUCUGUCUACACCUGUAACCCCGACGUCAGAGCAAGAUGCCCGAGGCAAAGACACCGCGGUUCAAAGCCACGAGCACCAGCGCCAGCGACGGGCUGGAGGGCUUCAAGGCGCACGCUGUGUUCCAGGAAAUCAACAAGAAGCUCCAGGAGGAAGGGGAGCAGUUUGUGAAAAAGAUCGGAGGAGUGUUUGCCUUCAAAGUAAAAGACGGCCCGAAUGGACAGGAGGCCGUUUGGUUUGUGGACGUGAAGAACGGGAAAGGCUGCGUUCACAAUGACGAAGCUAAGAAAGCAGACUGCACCAUUUCCAUGUCAGAUACAGACCUGUUGGCCUUGAUGACGGGGAAGAUGAACCCACAGACUGCGUUUUUCCAGGGCAAGCUGAAGAUCACAGGGAACAUGGGCCUGGCCAUGAAGCUUCAGAGCCUGCAGCUGCAGCCGGGCAAAGCCAAGCUGUAGAGGAGACGUCGGAGCGGGCCGUUACUACGCCUCUGUAGAACUCAACAGAAUUAACCCCCGAAUACUUUAACAACAACAACUUCAAGUGGAUGUCGAAGGUCUGUGGAGCUUCUCGUCACAGGAACGAACCAACGUCCCUACUCUCGAGACGCACUACAUUACUGACGCACUGCCAAUACAAACUGGAGAAGAAAUUAGAUUAGAACUAAUAAAGAAUUCUCUAAUCAAGUCCCUCUUAUUAUUCUCCCAGUACACAGAAAAAGGGGCUCUCUAUUUAUAGAUACAGAUUUACUUUACAAUAACUUCCCAAUUUAAUAAUGACUGUUGUUGAAGGAAUCUUGCUUUGACUUUAUUAUGUCCGUACAUGUUUUUGAGUAGAGCUGAUUAUUUCUGCCAUCAUGGACGCGUAUAAGUGCCUCCUCAUCUUAGAUGUUUUUUCACUGUGGCCACUCAGCCUUCCAACGGAGGAGGAGGGGCAGGAGAGAGGGGGCAUUUUCUGCUAUUUUAUCAUUGUAUGAAUCCCAAACAGAUUUCUACUAAAUAAAUGUGCCUCUGCUG